UCCCAUUUCCCCCCUCCCUCCCUGAUGCACGGGCUCCUCUCUGUUUCGACACAGGCUCUCAGGCUCACAACUCACCUACGGGUGGCUGGGCCUGAGUCACUGCGGGGAGGGACUCUGGGCCGGCCAGCCCUGCCACCUUCUUCCAAGCUACAGUAUAAGGAGUAGCGGCGGGGAGGAGGGCCCUGGGAAGACAGGGACAUCUGAGAAAGGAGAGAGAAGGCUGCAGACCUAGAGGAAGGGAGAAGGAGAAAUCAGAAGGAAGGAGAGAAGGGAGGAGGGCACGCAGACGCAGGGAAAGAGAAAGGGCAGGCGAGUAAACUUGGGUGGGAAGAAGACAGGAGAGAAGGAAGGAGGCAGAGAUGAAGCUCCAGGGGUCUCUGGCCUGCCUCCUGCUGGUCCUGUGCCUGGGCAGUGGGGAGGCUGGCCCACUGCUGGGUGGAGGGGAGAGCGCUGGAGCAGGGGCCAUGGAGGCCACUGGACACAGGGUGGGAGAGGCCGUCAAGCACGGAGUCGGGGAGGCCACUGGCGGAGGGGAUGGAGAGGCAGCGGGUUCUGGAGUCAAGGAGGCCAUGGGCCCCGGGGUGCGGGACGCUCUCGCCCGUGGGGUUGAGGAAGCGGCCCAUGCUCUUGGAAACACUGGGAGUGAGGCUGGCAGACAGGCUGAGAAUGUCAUUCAGCCUGGAGUGGAUGCUGCGCACAGCUCCUGGCAGGAGAUGCCUGGCGGCAGCGGUGCUUUGGGAACCAAUGGCCAGCCUCCAUCUGGAGGCCAUGGCACCUCUGGCUCUCCAGGCAAUCCUGGAGGUCCAGGGAUUCCCUGGGACCAUGUGUAUUCUGAAGGCUCAGAUGGCAGCUUUGGGACCAACUCUCAGGGAGGCUCCUGGGGCCACGGAGGCCAUGGAGGGCCAUUCAACCUAGGGACCAACACUCAGGGAAGCAGCAGUAACGGCAGCAUCAGUGGUGGCAGCAGCGGUGACAGUUCUGGGCCCCACUGGAACUCUCAGAGGUCUCCUGGGUUCUUCAACUUGGACACCUUCUGGAAGAAUUUAAAAUCCAUGCUGGGUUUCAGUAACUGGGACGCCAUCAACAAGGGCCGAGUCCCAAACCCCAGCACCCUCCUCUGCUUCCGUCAACUCUGGGAGAACUUCAAACAAAACAUUCCUUUCUUGAACUGGAAAGCAAUUUUUAAGAACUACGAUUAUAACCAGCAGACACACCCUACUGCCACUGGGGGGCAGCACUCAGCCAAGAUCCCCACUAAGGAGGGAGUCACGAUUUCUUCCUCGGCUUCCCGGGCGCGACCUGACCUGCUGCAGUGGGUGAAGUUUUGAAAAUCACUUCCGACCGCGACGGAAGCCCUGCAAACCAUCAGUCAUCAAGGGACCUGACUGUGCCCCUCCCCCAGCUCUUGGUCUGGGUGCUAACACCUGCUUUUUCUAGGUUGGGGACCUGUCUGUCUGUCCUUUGUUUUCUGCCACCCACUGUGGUGUCUCCUUGACCAUCAGCCUCAGUGGGUACACCAGCCAUUGCUUCACCUGCUCCAUUUUGUGACCUGAAGUCACCGUGACAGAAAUUCAGGAGGCGCGUCCUACUUUAGAGUUUCUCUGUGGAAAUAAAACAUGAGUCUUG